AAUUGACACAGCUUUUCAAUUUCUAAAGGACAACCCCAAAGUAGCGGCACUUGCAUUGGGGGCACUCUUCGGGGCGGGUGCAGUGUGUUAUGGAAAGUUGAAAUGCUGCGGAGGGUCCCGACAGUUAACAAGGCCACGCCCAACUGGCAUUUCUUGCUAUCCUGACCUGGUUAAACAUAACAACAUCAUGGCCAAGUACCUGACAGUCAAACUCUACUCAAAGCUCUGUGAUAGAAAGACCAGUACUGGAUGGACCCUUGACCAGUGCAUCCAGACCGGGGUGGACAACCCUGGGCAUCCGUUUAUUAUGACCGUUGGUAUGGUCGCAGGAGAUGAAGAAUCGUACGAGGUUUUCAAGGAGCUCUUCGAUGCUGUCAUUCAAAACCGACAUGACGGUUAUGGACCGAAUAAUAUCCACCCAACCGAUUUGAACCAGAACCACCUCCGAGCGGUUACUCUCGAUCCCAACUACGUUCUCUCUUCUCGUGUUCGCACCGGGAGAUCGAUACGAGGAUUCCGCCUUCCUCCUGCGUGCAGCAGAGCCGAACGCCGAAAAAUCGAAGAGAUUGUGACUCAGGCUCUUGGUGGUAUGAAAGGCGAUUUGACUGGGAAGUAUUAUUCCUUGACAACCAUGUCUGAACAAGAUCAACAGAAACUGAUUGAUGAUCAUUUUCUAUUCGACAAACCAGUUUCUCCUCUGCUCACGUGCGCUGGUAUGGCUAGAGAUUGGCCCGACGCAAGGGGAAUAUGGCACAACUAUCAGAAAAACUUCCUUGUGUGGGUGAAUGAAGAGGAUCAUACCAGGCUUAUAUCAAUGGAAAAUGGUGCUAAUAUGGUUCGAGUGUUCCAGAGGUUCUGCAGUGGUCUGAAAGAGUUUGAAAGGAAGAUAAAGGAAGCAGGACACGAGUUCAUGUGGAAUGAGCACCUUGGAUAUAUUUUGACGUGUCCUUCGAAUCUUGGGACUGGACUCCGAGCUGGUGUACACCUUAAAAUCCCUCUCGUUAGCCAGGAUCCACGAUUUGAGGUGAUACUAGAGAGGCUCCGCCUUCAGAAGAGAGGGACCGGUGGAGUCGAUACUGAAUCGACCGAUGGCAUUUUCGACAUUUCGAACGUUGAUAGGUUGGGAAAGUCAGAGGUUCAGCUGGUGCAGACCGUCUUGGAUGGAGUGGCAACUUUGAUCAAGAUGGAGAAAGAACUGGAGAGGCAUGGAACCAUCGCCCAAUAUCUACCCCAAUAAACCAUCACCAACAUCUAAUUCUUAAAACUGUACUAUAUAACACUUAAUAUACCACGAGAGAUCAUUUAUCUUUGUUACAUGUAUAUUACAAAUUCUCAAUAAUCAAGAUCAAAAUUACCUUAUCAAUGUCAAUGUAAAACGAAAGUUAAUUAGACAUGUAUUUAGCAGUAUAGGACAAUGGACUAUAUCUAUAUGAGACAUUUAUG